CGGCGACGGACCGAGUCUUCACCCCCGCGAUUUGCGCUUGUUUUUUCAUUUGCGAGGUGUUGCGAGGAAUAUCGGCGUUGCCGAUUUCAAAAACCGAAUGAAUCCAACUGAUUUUUACCGGAAGUGACUUCGGGAUGACAGUACGUGCGUGAGAGGAAGAAAAAAGGACUUGCCCGCUAGGACACGUUUGACGCAAGAAGAAGCAGAAUCCGUUUUUCUCUCGCCGCCGCGUUUUUCUUCGAUAGUCCGUCGUGCGCGUUGGCGGUGUGUUACUCGCUCGCUGCGUUUCGCACAAUCUUUCAUUGCGCUUCCUCGACGAGAUCAAUUUCCACAUCGCUGUUGCUACAAAUUGUCACGCACGAUGACGGACGAUGGGACGAUUGACAAGGAAAAGCAUAUGAAACAACUGAAGCGCAAGAUGGAGAGUUGGCGAGAAAUAAUAUUGCCCUUAUAUUCCAUUUUGCUGUGGGAACGCAGCUGGUAUCCUGGAUUAAUUUUUGGUUUUGUAACCAUGGUAUUUUGUACAAUAUGGAUUUUAGAACCACCACUAUUGACAAUGAUAUCCAUGUGUUUACUGAUUUUCGCUCUUGUUGAUUAUCUUGUACCAACUUUAACUUCAUUCCUGUGUAAUGCACAAAGUUGGACCGGACAAAAGGAGAAGAAACUGAUUGAGAUUUGCCAAAGUCUCUCAGAUGCCAUACUAGAAAUACAAAGAGUAUGGGCAUCUCUCUCAAGAAUUCGACACAAUCGUCCUAAUCUUUACUACAGCGCAGUGAUCUUCUGCCUCAUUCUCUUUGCAUGGAUCGGCAACUCAAUCAACAAUUUGCUUCUGUUUUACAUCUUAGUAAAUUCAUUCCUUCUCACGCCAGGAUUCAGACAUACUGGAUUUGCACGCUGGCUUGUGCAAUAUGUAUACGACCAUGUAACUCGUCGCACUUUAUCAUAAACUCGUCAUUUUGUAUGUAUUUCAUGCAUCCCACCAAAUUUUCUCUCUCAUCACAUAUACAUUUAUUUAUAACAUCUUAGAUAUACAUAUAUAUAUAUAUAUAAAUACACGUUACGUGCGAACAUCAGAGUCAAUCAUUUGUGAUUUGGCAAUCUCAUUUUGAUGAUUUUGGUGCUCACAUGUGAUCUAGCAUGAAGAAAGAACAUUAUGCCGCAGACUUUAUUCAUAACAUUACAGAAAAAUAAAAACUAUAUAACAAGUUCGCGUAUGAUCGAUUUUAUUUAAAAAAAAAAAAAAAAAAAAA